AUUUACAAACAUUUUAUCAAAAUUCAGGAGGCUGUCAAAAUAAAUAAAGAAUAAAAAUUAAAAAAGAAUGAAACAGUCUUCCUCUUCCUUUCCUUUUAUACUGUCUAUCUUUUCAUCUACAUUAAAAAAGCAAACUAGCCGAUUACAGAUUCUACCAAGUAUCAUUAUCACUAGAAAAAUGAGCUCUACUUUUACUUAUGAAGAAGCUGUGGAUAAACUCAAUUCAUUGCAGAGCAAUGCUGCGUUAUUAGAAGAACUUCGAAAAGCCGGCCCACGAAUGAACGAUCGAAGUCUACCCGAAAUGAGACAACAUUUUAAACGCAUCGGCUACGAACCCAAAGACUUUGACAAACUCAACUUAAUUCAUGUCACAGGAACAAAAGGGAAAGGCUCUACGAGUGCUUUUGUUCAAUCCAUCUUGCACAAUUAUCCUAUGGUGGAUGACAACAACGGCAACGACAACAAUCGCAAGAAACAGAUCAAGACGGGUUUAUUCACGUCACCUCAUUUAGUCGCCGUUCGUGAACGCAUACGUAUUAAUGGUAAACCUAUAAGCGAGGAACUGUUUGCCAAAUAUUCUCAAGAUGUUUGGGAAAGAUUGGAAGCAACGAAGGAAGAAUAUUUGCGUGAAAUGCAACUGAGUGAACAAACGAUCAAGGAUGUUUUGAAGAAUAAGCGAGGACAUCCCGAUAAACCCACUUACUUUCGUUAUUUGACAUUGGUCGCGCUCCAUGCCUUUGUCCAGGAAAAAGUGGACUGUGCCAUUUUGGAAGUGGGUGUAGGAGGUGAAUAUGAUUCCACGAAUAUCAUCGAACAGCCUAUUGUGUGUGGUAUAACAGCAUUGGGAUUGGAUCAUGUUUCUGUAUUGGGAAACACCAUUGAUCAAAUUGCAUGGCAUAAGUCUGGUAUCAUUAAGUUGAACGUUCCUGUAGUAGCUUUUGAACAGGUUCCAGAAGCUAUGGAAGUUAUUGAAAGAAGAGCUAGAGAAAAAAAUGCACCCUUGACAGUGUUGCGUGCAAGUGACAUUUCAAAAUUGGAUAACGUUGAAGUCGGCUUAGCGGGCAUCCAUCAAAAAUAUAAUGCUUUGACAGCAAUUGAAAUCUGUAAAAUAUGGUUAAAUAGAAGCAAAAGUAUCAGCUUUCAACAAAAAGAGGACGUGCCUGAAGGGUUUAGGGCUGGUCUUAAACUAUUGAAAUGGCCGGGUAGAGGACAGAUAUUACCCUUCCAAGACACCAAAUUGUACGCAACAGCAACAGCAGCAAGAAACAAGAACAUCACAUGGUAUCUAGACGGUGCGCACACUGUAGAGAGCUUAACAGCAUGCUCUUUGUGGUUUAAGGAUACAGUUAAAAAAUCCACCACAGCAUCGAAAAGAAUUCUUAUGUUCAACUGUACACACGGACGUGAUAGUAGUCGUUUAUUACGAGUGAUAUCAGAUAUGCAAUUGGAAGUGCCGUUUGAUCAUGUGAUAUUUACCACCAACAUCACUUACCGCGAAGGUUAUACCACAGACAAUACCAACAAGACGGUCUCUUUGGAGGAGGCAACCUCUGUGCAGCAAACAUUAGCCAACAGCUGGACGGAGCAAGUACCUCACUUUGACAAGCAAAAUAUUCAUAUUGUAGAUACCAUACAAGACGCUGUCGAACUGUCUAUAGAUAUAUCGUCAGAAACUCAAGAUGAAGUACAAGUAUUAACCACGGGUAGUUUAAUUAUGGUUGGUAAUACGUUGACCGUUCUGGGUUUUGAUCCUCAAUAAAAGGGGGACAAAAAUGAAAGAUGUAAGGCC